CACCAUUGGUCCUGCACCUGCCGAAGCUAAGUCUUCUCCAUUAGCGCCCGCCCGCCCGCCACCCACACUAACCAGCAGAAGAGCAGAAACGGUCGACGAGCCACAGCGGCGGCCAGCCCCCUCCACAGCAGCAAACACAAAAAAGCUGAUUAUUCGAUCACCAGAAAAAUGGAGAGAACCGCCGUGCUUGGAGGUCUGCCAUCCAAUCACCUUCUCCCUCCGUCGCGUACUGCAUCCUCCCUUCUCCGUUUCUCAUCUUCAUCUUCCCCCUCCUCAUCGUCCUUCGCUGCUGAUAGGAGUCUCGGUGCCUUCAAUCCUCCAUCUCUGUUUCUCAAGCUACAGAAGCAGCUCCCUUCUCUUACCGCUGUGCAUUCCGUCUCCCCUUUCAAGCGGGAUGCCGUCGCUUCCGGCACCUACAGCACUGGACCGGCCGACGUGGCUAGUAUAGACUGGGACAAUCUGGGGUUCGGAUACAUAGCGACUGAUUAUAUGUAUAUGAUGAAAUGUGACCAAGGCGGGACCUUUUCUAAUGGCGAACUGCAGCGCUUUGCGAACAUUGAAUUGAGCCCUUCUGCUGGAGUGCUAAACUAUGGCCAGGGGCUUUUUGAAGGUUUGAAGGCUUAUAUGAAAGAAGAUGGAAAUAUCCUCUUAUUUCGUCCCGAGGAAAAUGCUACCCGCAUGCAAACGGGUGCUGAGAGGAUGUGCAUGCCAGCUCCUACCGUUGAACAGUUUGUGGAAGCUGUAAAAGCGACAGUUUUGGCAAAUAAGCGUUGGGUAAAUCAGGUACCCCCUCCUGGUAAGGGGUCCUUAUACAUACGGCCAUUGCUCAUGGGAAGUGGAGCUGUCCUUGGUCUUGCACCUGCACCUGAAUACACCUUUUUGAUCUACGUUUCACCUGUAGGAAACUACUUCAAGGUAUGUUUGCUUCAGGAAGGUCUUGCACCAAUCAAUUUGAUUGUUGAGCAUGAGUUACAUAGGGCAACUCCUGGUGGUACUGGAGGUGUGAAGACCAUUGGAAAUUAUGCUGCUGUUCUUAAGGCGCAAUCGGCUGCCAAAGCCAAAGGUUAUUCUGAUGUCUUGUAUCUUGACUGUGUUAAUAAGAAGUACCUGGAAGAGGUAUCCUCAUGCAACAUUUUUGUUGUGAAGGGAAACACAAUAUCUACUCCUGCAAUUAAGGGGACAAUCCUUCCUGGCAUCACAAGAAAAAGUAUAAUUGAUGUUGCUCGAAGCCAAGAGUUCCAGGUUGAAGAGCGACUUGUAGCUGUGGAUGAGUUACUGGAUGCUGAUGAAGUCUUCUGUACUGGAACAGCGGUGGUUGUAUCACCUGUUGGAAGCAUUACCUACAAGGGUGAAACGAAGAAGUACGGGGGUGGGGGUGUUGGUGCCGUCUCACAAAAGCUCUAUACUGUGCUUACCAGUCUCCAGAUGGGUCUUACAGAAGACAAGAUGAACUGGACCUUGGAGCUGAACUAGGCAUGUUUGAUAUUUGUGCUUUUAUCGUUCAUGGGUGGUCGUUCUAGUUGUAGAUUAUGAAGGGAAUUGGAUGAAAUCAUAAUUUUGCGCGUCGGCUGAGAGCUGCUCCUGUUAGUUUGGAUUGCUUUCGAAAUACUGAAAGCCUGUAUUUCUAGUUACUUUUCCUCCACCAGGGAAUCUCUGUUGAUAUCCCUUUGCACUUAUGUGAGAGUUUAAUUGAACUAGACUUCAAUUUUUACCUUAUGCACUGAGGCCUUGAGACCGUAGUUUUUCCGGUGCUUCCCCGGAAGCCAAGGUUUGCUAGAUAUUGAUUGCUCCUCAGAGCAGAUUAUGCAGGCGUUUGAGAAGAGGAGACGUGCAUUUUUGAGAGUGGUUAUGAAGUGAAUAAUGCUCGUAGGAAGCUAUUCUGAUAGACAAAUGGUGAUGGGUUCCAAGAACGUUACCAAAUGCUUUGAAGAAGUCAUUGACCUGACGCUGCUGCAGGAGUGAAAUGAAGACAAACUAUCUCCCCUGAGAUUAGGGAUGGUAACGUUUCCGGUCGAGGCCGGGUUUUCUAUAUAUCGUACUUAGAACCAUGGUUUUAAAAUUGUAAACAUUCCCGUACCUUUAAAUAUGUGUUGAUAUUAUAUGAUAUACCAAAAACCAACUUGGAUGUGGUUCAAGGAAAACCGACCCGCACAAUCCCCAAACAAU